AUACUCCUCGCAAUAGUGCGACCUCGUAUAGCUUACUGUGUGCGGUGCAUAACGUUUGUUAUACUCUUUUCUUAUUCUCUCUUGUAGAUCUAUGUCGAUUUACAUUAAAACAUCGGAUUAAAUAACGAUUGUUUGUUCACGCAUGUUAUGAAUAGUAUCGAAUUCAACAAAAUACUUAUGUCAGGCAUUGAAUUAUUCGUUGAAUUAGUUGACGGGUUAGCAUUCUGAGAAACGCAUCGCUAUAGGACUUAGAAAUUUAUAGACGAACUGUUGGUAUUAAAGAGAACAAUAUAUCAAUGGUAAGAAGAUAUCUAAAGCUGAAAGAAUCUUCUAACAAAAGACCAUCAGUCGAAGAGCCUUUAUUUAUCGAAUGUGAUUUCGAUGACAUUACGUUUAGUCCACCAUCUCAUGACGACAGCUUCUUUUACAUACGAUAUCCGAAGACACAAAAUCGAUCAUCGGUUUCGCAAGAAUAUCGGCCGAUUGACGAAGUUUUUGAGGAACAAAAUAUUACUUCAUCAACAAAUAAUGUGAAAGUACAGGAUACGCAACAACAACAGUCUACCGAGGAGAAGAAAAAAAAUCAGGAAAUUGAUUUCAGCAAGCAUCCCUUACCUUGUCAACCGUUUAUACCAUCAACUUUAACAGCGAAUAAAGAAAAAGGAAUUAAAUCAAGUCCGAAGGUAUUAGUGACCGAUAAUACGAAGAUUACAAAAUCACAGGGGGUAGAUGAUGGAUUUCACGGCAAGCCAGCACUUUGUGGAAAGUCAAUUGUUCUUGUAGCUAACCAGAUGAUGUCUAACAAACUUCACGAGACUAUUUCGGCCGAGCAGGCCGCCAGUCAACCCAGAAGAGGAAGCAAAUCUUUACCAGCCACUCCAGUCGCUUCGCCAUCAGGCAGUCCAAGCGGUUCGCCUAAGGCUCGUCGUCGUGUUUCUUCGAACCGAUACUUUGCAGGAGCAUCCCUUAAUGAUUGCGGGAAAUAUCAGGGAGGUUGGAUCUUGGCAAGCAUCUUCGGACAAUCUAGGGAACUCGUUACUAGCAAGAUCGAAGAAGAGGACGAAGCAAACAUCGAAGUCGCAACUGCUCCGCUUAGAUCGCUUGCUCGGAAGAAAUCCAUUUCGUCGCAAAAUCUUACAUAUGUAGGAAGCGAUGAGAAAUCAGAAAAAUCAGCUGCUUACCUAAAUGCAUUUCGAGCAAAACCAUCGCAAUUAAGAGAAAUGAAUUUCUGGUCCCCAACAUCGAUGUGAACCAAUGUAGUAAAUUGUUAUUCGUUUACAUCUUAAGCUUAGUUAAUCAAUAGCGAUUAAUUCGGAAAGAAGGAUUUUUUUAGAAGGAAAGCACGAUAGAAAUAUAUACAUAUUAUUGUCACUUUCUGAGUUUUUUAAAAUCAACGAAUGAACGCAUUGAUAAAACGAAAAAUAAACAAAGGAGAGCAGCUUUUUGCUCGUUAUUUUUCGUGUAUUCUUAACAAUGUGCUUAUUAUAGUUAGUACGAUUAUUUAAUAACGUAUUUGUGCUUAUUCUUUCUUUUUUCUAUUUUUUCGGCUUUUAAUUAAUGCUAUUAAACAAAGAUGUUCUUUCCUUAAUGGUCUUUCUUUAAUAGUGGAACACUAUCAUAAUGAUGAUGACAUAGAUCAGGAAUACAAAAGGAAAUACUCGUGUAUC